AUGCGGCUUUUCUGGAAGGUCGUGGCCGGAUCUCUCUUCCUUGCUAUUCCGGCAUAUCUGUGGGACCCCCACAACUUGUUCUUCACUUGGGUCGCAGCGGCGGUGGGCGCGUUUUCUGCUCUCCUCAAUUGUAAUGGGGUGACCCCGCUGGACUGGGAUGUGAGCGAUGCGAUGCUGGACCCUCCUCAAGAUGUUCGAGAUGCUAUCCGCAAGGACCCGGAGCUUUCUCUCUUCGACGCCUGUCUUUCUGACCUGUUCAACAAUGUGGAAGCUUACGGAAUGGAAGCUGUCUCCGCACGGCUGAUGAUAGAAAGUGGCGAAAAUGUGACGAUCUUUGCACCCAAAGAUUCUGCAAUGGCUUGUCGGGGUGUUGAGAGAAUGGGUUCUCAGGGUUUGAUGGUUGGGUUUCCUUCGUUCUAUCGCACGUGUGUGACGAUCUUCAUGAUCCUGACGAUCUCGCGCAACGAGAGGAAGUCACUUCUAUUGCUGGACAGAAAAUACGAUUGGAGGACGUAUUUGGAAGACUGGGAGUCAGUCAAGAAGGGUUGA